AUGACAGAAAGUCAAACCCAAGUACCUGUGCUUGGAGAUGAAAGCCAGCUCGGAGCCUCUUUCUUUCAAGUUUCAGAAUCCAGCCAAUCAGAUCUUGGACAAAGAGACCUCAAUGCUCUAUCUGAGGACCAUGACGGGCAUUUAUACAUCAAUGUUGAUUCCAUAACGGAUCACCUCCGUCGUCAUAAUUGUUCAAGCGAUGAAACUUAUUUCGGAAACUCUGCAGAAGGCUCAAAUGGCAAUUCGAGCUCCUCGAGCCCACGGAAGAUUGGCGCAACUGCGGCCGUUAUACCACGUGCUAAUCCCACCGUAUAUCAUUCUCCAGAAAGCAUCACCUCGAAAAUACCAGCCUCAUUGUUCAACGAACCUCCACAGGUGCAGGGUUGUGACUCAAAGGCGAGCCAACUGGAUAUUACCGAUUUUAUUGACAACUUUCUCGGUGAUGAUGAAUUGAUGCAUAACGUUCCUGAAAUUCUAGACACCUUGAACGUCGAAAAGCAGUCCCCUACGUCCUUUCCCGUUCGAUGGGAAACGGUCCAACCGCCAACGACUUCACAUUUCCCUCAGCUGCCGACGAAUUCCGCAACUAAAACACUCUCUCAAAUACACACGCUUCCGAAGUCUGCAUCCCAAACCUUCCCUGUAGAGAAGAAGGAGCUUUGCUCAGCUCCUGGGACGGAAAUGCUGCAGGCCUGCACAACACCGACCAAAAUAGAGCCUGUCCUCCAAAAGCAAGCAAAUGGCGACUGUCUAUCUGCAGGGCAAGGACCGGGGCCAUCAAAGUCCACGCCGACACGACGCGCGGAAAAGCGAAAACCUCGAACGUACACUCAGGCCGUUCCCAGCCAGCAUUGCCACAUCUGCUCUCGGCGUCCUACUGAAGGCUCUCCUCACCAAGUCUGCGGCAAUCUGCAGAAAGGGCGGUGCCGUAAAACAAUCUGCACGAAAUGCUUUCUCCAAUUCCGGUGGGACCUCAACGCGGCACGGGAAGCACCACCAGGCACGUGGGAAUGUCCUCAUUGCCGCGGGCAAUGCCCGCAGAGAGCGCAGUGCGUGAUCUAUAACCGGACGUCAGACCGGCGAAGACUCAAGCUGAUCAACCAUAGGAAGCGGAAGGGCGAAGCUGGGGACGGGUCGAACGGGAAGAAGAGCAAAGGGAUACCAAAAUCGAGCGGGGCCAGCAGCGGAAAGACUACGCUUGCGCAACCGGUGGCUCAGGGUGCGGAGAAACGAACGGCGAAGAACUGGGCAACCUCUAGUUUAUCGCAAAAGAAGAACGGGGCGACCAAGUUUCGCAAGAAAAUCGCAAAGUUACACGACCUGCGCAAGGGCAUAACCAUCUUGGAAAGUAAGGAAGUGGAUUCACAUUUAGGCAGAAGCCAUACAGACAUGCGGGGGGGACAGAAGAUGCGACUCGAGCGGCAGUACCACUCGUCACUCGUCGGCGAACAUUCGAGAAUGACAGACACGAGACUGUUACUGGAUGACAUCACUGCAGGAAAUAGCACACACGAAAAACAUGUAGAGCCUAUGAUGAUAGGAAGAACUUCGGAUCUUUCAGGCAAUCCAUUAACCGGGUGUGAAGCACAAGACUAUGAUAAUGGGGUUUCGCACAGCACAACAGGACAAGAAGAGUGUCUACAAAACGGGCCCGGGACGGCGGCGCAAGGCGGAUUCUCCCCCGCUGGGACGAUGUUUCCGUUCCUGUCGGGCGACCCAUUCCUGUCAAUGGGCGGGCAGCUGCAGUUCGGGUCUAGUGAUAUUUCAGGAGGACAGGACUUGAGCGGAAUGUCAGGUGGGGAGGUGAGCAGCCGAGUGCAUGGGGCGGGGCUAGGGAUGGAGGAGGUGUGGCCGAAGAUGUAUCCGCACGAACGUGACGAGGAGGUGUGUGAUGAGACGCCCGACGAUUUAUGGAUGCUUCCGCAGGAAGGGUCUGACGCGGACGAAGGGGACGGGGAAAUUGACGCGGUUGGAGCGGGGCUUUGGCAUUCGAUGCACCAAGAAGGUGGAGGGGUCGACGAGAAGGAGGCUUUGAGGGUGUAGGUGAGAGGGUGAGCUGGCUGCUAAAGAAGAAUAGAUUUGAGGUUGAUUGUGAAGUGUGGGGUGGGGGGCGGGAGGCGGCGAGUGAAGCUUGAGUGUAUGGGUUCGAGUUUUUUGUUUGUAAAUAGUUCUUGUGGUGGUCGAAGAAGACGCUUUUCGAAUUGCCUCUGUACGUUGGUGUGAGUGAUGUGAGAGACCGAGGGGAUAAGGGUGAAAGCAGCGAGCAUAUAGUAAGUUGUAACGUGUCUAAAACGUAAUCAAAGGAGAUUCAAAGCAUAAAGAAACAGUACGCCCGGAAA